AUGGCUCGCGGAGGAGCGCGCCUUCGCCUACAGCCGCAUGGAGCUGACACUAUCUCCAACUCCGGCGAGACAUUUCUAUGGAUCGGCUUCAAGCAGACCGGCAGUGACCCGGUGGUCUGGCUCUUCUGCCUCAUAGCCCACCUGCAUCUCGCGGCCAACGGCUUCAAGAACUUCUUCCCCUCCGUUAUCAAGACCCUCGACCUCGGCGACACUAUCACCCUCGUGAUGACUUACCCGCCCUACCUCAUUGCCGGCGCCGUCACCAUCCUCGUCUCCUGGAGCUCGGGCACCUACGGCGUUAAUAGUCUAAUUCUCGGCUUAUGCGGCAGCGUCUACGGCCAGACAAAGGAGAAGAACACCGUCGCCAUCAGCAUAACCAAGGCUUCCGAGCCUCACUACAUCCCCGCCAUAUCCGCCUCGUGCGCGUUCAGCCUGGGCACCGCGGCCAUCGCCUGGAUCGUGAAGAUCAUUAUGAAGAAGCGCAACGAGAAGCUCCGGGCCGGCGAGGACGAGCAGCAGAACUUCUACGUGUGCUAG